UUCGAUUUCAAUUUUCUCAGCUUCUUCCAGACUCGAUUUCCAUGGUUCUCGACUCGACCAUUGUUGGAACGCCUCCUGAACAGAUUUCUUCAACCAUGGUUUUCGAUUUGAAUUUCUCAGUUUCUUCCAGACUCGAUUUCCAUGGUCUUGGACUGGACUAUUGUUGGAACGCCUCCUGGACAGAUUUACUCAGCCAUGGAACUCGAUUUCUGGUGUGUUCGGUUUAUAAGAAAAUUUAGGGCACCAAGGAUGAAUUAUGUAUUAGAAGGUGGCUCGUUUCCGUAAUCAUACAUCCACCAUGGUAGAAGGAGCUCGAGUCCGUCUUAGGGGUUGGCAGCAGGCUGCGGUUGCUCUUGGGUCUGCAGUUGGUGCAUUAGUGGACCCAAGAAGAGCGGAUCUGAUAGCCGCUUUGGGGGAAACAACUGGGAAGCCUGCUUUUGAGAGGGUACUUGAAAGGAUGAAAAGGAACCCUGAAGGCAGAGAAAUACUUUUGGACCGGCCUCGUGUCAUCUCUAAAAACGUAGGACACGCGUGGGACCUUCCAGAAAACACAUUUGGUGCUGCGUAUGCAAAGUUCAUGGGAUCUAGAAACUUCUCCCCAGAUGAUCGGCCGCCAGUGAGGUUCAUGGAAACCGAAGAGCUCGCAUACGUAGCUAUGCGUGCACGURAAGUGCAYGAUUUMUGGCACACCCUCUUUGGCCUUCCAACCAAUUUGAUUGGCGAAUCGGCCUUAAAAGUCAUAGAGUUCGAGCAAAUGUUGCUUCCAAUGUGCUUCUUGUCUGUGAUCGGAGGAACGRCAAGGUUCAACGACAAGCAACGAUCGCUGUUUUACCGGCAUUACUUUCCCUGGGCAAUUCGGGCAGGUAUGAAAUCGACCGAUCUUAUGUGUGUUUAUUACGAGAAGCAUUUUCAUGAAGAUUUAGAGGAUGUAAGACGGAGAUGGGGUAUUUUACCCGCUCCUUCCAUUUAACGGUAGUUUGAUUCGGUUUUCACGAUGUUCGAUAGGAGAUUCGGGAGGGUUGGUAAAUCCCUGAUGUUAUUUCGAUUGAGAUAUACCGAGUUAGUUUGGUCGAGUUGGCAAAUAAGAGCUCUUAUUAUGUUUGUAAAGACUGUAGCUGGGCACAACAUAUAAAGUUUGUAGUUGAAUUAUGAAUUAGAUC